AUGGUCUUUGCAGGUAUUUUUUUAAUAUCUUAGAUUUAGCCGAGAUAAAUGCUUGGAUUUUGUAUAAAGAAACGGGGCAAGGAAUUUCGAGGCAAGAAUCUUUUUUAUUUCAAUUGAGAGAAGAGCAACAAAAGGACCAGCGAAAACAAUCACAAAUAUAGCUACAGAUUCGUGUGACCAUCAUGAGAGAAUGCCAGAUAAGAUUUUGCAAAGGCAACAAAACGAACAAAAUCUUAAUUUAAAAUGUGAAAAAUACGUAUGUGGUAAAUGUACAAUCGAGAAUCCUAUAAUUUAUAAACAACGUGGUGAAACUGAAUAA